AUGAGCAACAAUAAUAAUCAACGUUAUGGCCUAAGAACUCGAAAAACCAACCCAGAUUAUAGAGAUAAUUUUAGAAGAAGUAAUCUAGACAAUAACACUCCAAAUCGUAGAAGAUCCAGUAACAAUAAUCAAAGAACUCGUGGACAAAAUGCUGGUGGUAGCAAUAAUAAUAAUGGUAGUUCCAGCAGUACUAGCAGCAGCAAGCUUGCAACUGCUGCACCAUCAUCAACAACAAGUCCUUCUAAGAGGAUGCAACAGCAGAAAAAGCAACAUCUAAAACCGGUUAGCUGUAUUAUAUUUAAGAAAAGUGAAUUAGAAAAAAUUGUAAAUGAACUUACUACAGAUUUUGAAAACAAACUAGUAAACUUGUAUCGUUUUCUUUUGGAUACAAAUGUAUCAUAUCUGAGUCUAAAAGAACUUCAUUUUUUUGAAAAGUUAUCUUACUGUCUUAAAAAUCCUAAAAAUCAAUACAUAUUUACAAAAAUAUUUAUUAAACCUUUAAAUGAAUCUGAUGUGUGGAAAGCACCUUUCAAAAAAAUUCCUUUUAAAUCUGAUAAUAAUGUACUAGAAUUCACACCACCACAAUCCACAAGUUUUUCUAGACCAGGCAUUAAAAUGAUGAUUUGUGGAAAUGUUAAAUUAAGAAUAAAAUAUCAAGGAGACAAAGAACUUAAAAUCACGACAAAAUUAUUUACUAGAUUUAGAGAAUUGGCCAAUAGAAUAAAACUUGAUGAUAAUAAUAAUUGUCUUAGUGACAUUGGGACAAAUAUUAUGAUGAGAAAUAAUGAUAUAAGAAACUUAAGAGAAGAAAUUUUUAAUAGACGUCAACAACUGCUACAUUUACAACAGCGGAGGCGACGGCGGCAGGAGCAGCAACAACAACCCAAUAAUAUACUAGGAGAAGAUGAAGAUGAGGAUGAAGAUGGUUUAAGUGACUCAUAUACUAGUAGGCGACAAAACUUUGAUCUUGAUGAGGAUGAGGAUGAACGUGAAGAACUUGAUGAAUUAUUUGCAGAACAGAAUAGGUUAGAACUUUCUAUUUCGCAAGGAGACAAUAAUGAGGAACUAAAUAAUAAUAAUGAUUAUGAACAAGAAACAAAUGACAUUGACACAGUUGAAGAUGAACAUGAAGUUGAUAUUGAAAAUGGUGAUGAUGGUAUUGAAAACGGCGAGAGAAAUUAUAAUGAGGAAAUUGAUGAUCAUGUUGAUGAUAAUGGUGAGUAUUUUGAUGAAGAAUUUGAUAUUAUCGAACACGCUGAGGAUUUAUUCUAUAAUGAAGGGUUAGAUGAAAAUAAUAUAUUUUAUGAUGGACCAGCAGAUACCAUUUCAUCAUUGUCAUCAAACAGUCAACACCAAGACAAUGAUUUUUUUUCCUAUAAGGAAACACAUUGGCAAUUUUAUAUUGGAGAUCAACGUAUUCCACUUGAUAUGACAAUUUAUGCAGCUAUUCAUUGGUAUAUUACAGCUGAUUCCAAAUGGGACUUGGAUCAACAAUAUGAGAUAGAGUUAAAAUAUUCAAGUGAACCAUAUGUUGUAGACCCAAAUUUACCACCUAAACUUGAUUGCAAAGUUAUUGAAAAAAACAAGUCAACAUUGGAACUUUUAAAACAAUUACACUGGUUGUACACUAAUACAAUUGAAGAUGAAAGUUAUCAGAGCAAUUUAUUUUUAUUUAAAAAUAUGGAGGAGCUUUUAAAUAAAAAAUUAAAAGAGCCAAUAGCAAUUUUGACAGGAAUAUAUCCAAUUUGGGUAUAUUCUGUUUUUCAUAACUAUCGAUUCUUAGUUUCAGGAAGGAAUCAAUUCAAAUUAUUUAAGGCACAAGUUUUUGGUAUACGUAUGUAUAAUGAGCGAGAUCAAGAUAUAUCUGGAUUUUCUAAAAAGGAAUUUAAUAUGAUUAAAAGAAUGUUACCAAUUUGGAAAGACAAAGAAAUACAAACACGUGAUAAAGUGUUUGAUUGGGCAUUAAAACGACUUGAAAAGGUGACCAGUCUUUCAAACAAACUUAAAAUCAAAUUUAGAGGAUUAGGAGGAGUAGGCCUUGGAGUUACUCGUGAUUUCUUUACUAUUUUGUCAGAGGAAUUUUUCAAGAAAAAUAAAAGAAUGUGGAUUAAUAAUAACUCGGUAGUAUGUGAAGGGGAAUUUGUACAACCAUAUAAAUCAGGAUUAUAUCCUGUAUUAAUUGGAGAUGAAGGAGAACUUAAUAAACAUAUAGAAGGAGAUGAUGACAAAGAAAUGGAUUUAAAUAUGAGCAAAAUAUUUUUAACACUAUUAUUGAAAGAUUUAAACGAAAAUAUAAAAUAUGAUUAUGGUAUUGAUGAAAUAGAAGGGUUGUAUGAGCCAUUGGUUAGAGAAUUAAAAAAAUUUAAAUCAACAGAUGAUUGGCCAGAUUUUUAUAUACCAUCACCACCAGCAUUUAAUGAGAUUAACUUUGAGGAGGAGGAAACUGGUAAAACAGUAGCAAAAUAUCAAAAUAUUUUUAUAGAGUAUUUUUUUAAUACAGGGAUAAAUAGACAAAUAAAUUGGUAUAAAUUAGGAUUUGAACAUUUGUUUCCAUUUAAAUAUCUUAAAUAUUUAGCACCGACACCAACCGAGUUUACUUAUUUCUUUUGUGGUAAAACCAAGGAAGAUUGGACAUUAAAUACACUACAAAAGUAUGUUCAAAAGAAAAAUCAAUCACCAAUAAGUGAUAAGGAUUAUACGAUGAUAUUAAGGAUUAUGAGUAAUCUUGAUAAGAAAGAUCGUAGGAAAUUGUUAAGAUUUGCAACUGGUUGUACAAGACUUCCAAUUGGUGGAUGGGAAGUAUUGGGGCUUAAUCUUGAUGCAUUUCCGAUUGAGGAAGCACAUUAUUAUCCUGUUGGUAGAACAUGUCAUAAUUGUAUUAUAGUUCCACCAAAUAAUGAAGAAGCAGAAUUAAAAAGAAAAUUAAUUUAUGCAAUUUAUAAUCAAGCUGAAAUAGAUAGAGAUUAA